AUGGAUCUGAGGAGCGACACGAGGAUUCUACCCAACGCACCGUUAGCAGGGUACGAUGAAGACUUCUCGACACAGAGCAUGAAGACAUUCGACUUGGUGAUGAGGAACAUGAACCGAACCUGGUGGGGAAUUACCAAUUUCAACACCCUCGAUAAACUGACCCACGCCUUCCACAUGGCUGAGAUCUGGGAUAACACCGCCGAGCAGUAUAGGUUGGUAGAACGACUACUGGACCCUGAGUCUGAUGUCUGUGGUUGUGCAACCAAUGUUGCAGAGAACGAUAUCCUGAACUAUUUGAAUCUCAUGGCCUUCAAGAUCAAGUACCCUGGAAUUACCUCUGGAAACAAAACCAUUACAGAUCAUUACCUCGAAUCUAGAGAGAAACGAUCAGCUGACCCUGGCAGGUACGACAUAGGCUACCGUGUUAGAUAUACCUUCAGAUUCAGUGGCGAGGGGUCACAAGCAGACUUCGAUGGAAUUGACUUUGAUCUCUCCGAUAUUGAGCUGCUGAAAGAUAUAGCGGAGAAGCUAGUAGACGACGACGGAGUUUUGACAGUGCACGCAGACAGUGCAGAACACUGGAAAGUGUGGAGGAAGAUGGUGAAGCAUGGUAUGGAUGAGUCAGGAUACUACGACCUGGCUGUGUUCAUGUUCUGCAUGCUCAACUAGAUCCGGUCUAUGGGGUUUGGACACUAAGAAUUGUAUGUUAAUGAUAUAAUAAUAAGAUGCGAACACUUUUUGUUACAUUUUAUCGUAGGGUAUAAAUUAUGCAAUUAUAUAAGGGGUUAAUCUUACUUUGAUUUGAUAAAGUAGUAUUAA